GAGGAGAAGCCAUGGGUCCCUGAUCUCCAACGUUACGAGGAAAAAGAAAUCCUGAGAAAUAUUCACACAGAAUUCCUGAAUUCCCAACCUGACAUGAUCUCCUGGCUGGAAGAAGGGGAGGAGCUGUGGGUCCCAGGUCUCCAGGUCUCUGAGGAAAGGGAGAUCUUGAGAGAUGCCCACACAGGCUCUGCAAUAGGUCCCAGUCCAGGUUAUCCCACACUCCUGAGUAACAGGGAAGUGACAUGGCUGCAGUGGAGCUGGUGACCUUCAAGGAGGUGGCUGUGUAUUUCACCAAGGAGGAAUGGGCUCUGUUGGACCCAGGUCAGAGAGCCCUCUACAGGGACGUCAUGCAGGAGAAUUAUGAGACUGUGACCUCACUGGGAUUUCCAAUUUCCAAACCUGACGUGAGCUCCCAGCUGGAACUAGGGGAGGAGCUGUGGGUCCCUGAUCUCCAGGUUUACGAGGAAAGGGAGAUCCUGAAAGAUGUCCACAUGGGGACUGACUCCUGUCUGGAUUCUCUCUCUGUCCCAGCAGUUGAGGAGAUGGUGAACGAGAACAAGGAGGAGAACCCUCAGCAGGAAGGUUCUGAACAACUGGAGCCACAUGGGAUGGCAUUGGGAAGAGCCAAAGGAGAUGCUUCCCAGAGUCCUGAGUGGGGAGAAGCCCAUAAGAGUCAGCAAUGGCCAGAGAGACAGCAGGGAAACCACCAAGAGGAGAGACGGGAUAAAUCCAUGCAGAGGAUGAGAGGAGUCAGAAAAAUCAAAGAAUCUGUUCACCAGAGAGUUUCCACAGAAGAGAGAUCUCACAUGUGCGGCGACUGUGGGAAAAGUUUCCCUUGGAAAUCAUUCCUUAUUAUUCACCAGAGAAUCCACACAGGAGAAAAACCUUAUAAGUGUCCUGACUGCGAGAAAAGCUUCAGCCAGCGCUCAAACCUCACCAAACAUCAGAGAGUCCACACAGGAGGGAAGCCUUACAAAUGUCUCGAGUGCGGGAAAAGCUUCAGUUGUAGCUCAACCCUCACUGCACACCAGGUAAUCCACAUGGGAGAGAGACCCUAUAAAUGCCAUGAGUGUGGAAAAAGCUUCAGUGAUAGAUCCACCUUUAGUACUCACCAGAGAAUCCACACGGGAGAGAGACCCUAUAAAUGCCUGACCUGUGGUAAAAGUUUCAGGGAUCGGUCAACGUUUAAUAAACACCAAAGAAUCCACACGGGAGAGAAACCACAUAAAUGCCCCAAGUGCGGGAAAAGUUUCCGUCAGCUCACGCAACUCGUUAGGCACCAGAGACUCGACACAGGAGAAAAACCCUACAAAUGCCUGACGUGUGGGAAAAGCUUCCGGGAUAGAUCCACCUGUAAUGAACACCAGAGAAUCCACACGGGAGAAAAACCCUAUGAAUGCCCCGAGUGCGGGAAAAACUUCCGGUACAGCUCAGCCUUUAUUAGGCAUCAGAGAAUCCACAGAGGACGCAAACCCUAGGGAGGGGUGAAGUGAGUAACACCUUUGCUGAUUCCCAUGAACAUCAGCGUGUCAGGCCAGGCCGGAGGGGCCAUAUACUGGGGACAUGGAAUAGUUAUUAAAGCAAAGAAUGUAAUCACCUUUCUGGGACAGAGGCAUGCAGAGCAAAAGGCUGAGAUAAGAUUUCCACGUUGUGAUGGGAAUUCGAUUAUUACUUCCUGAGAAGCUCUGAACAUCCACUGAUCAGCUCCUACCCACAAUUGGGCAAUUCAUUUCACAGUCUAGGAGUGCUUUUGGAAAUCAUCACUGAUGCUGAGCUCUCACGUAGCAAUGUCCAUGAGUAAUGCUUUCUAUAGUUCCUGGUUGGCAAGCAGACUACAAAGACCCAGCCUCAGUUAUUUACACCUUUGUCACUUCUUGCGUGGAGUACCGCAAUGCUAUAGAACUGCAUGUAGGAAACUGCAACUAGUACAGAAGCACUGCAGUGCAUCUCCUCAACUACACAAGCUAAAGCGAGCCCAUCACACCUGUCCUUGCUUCCGACAGUGACUUCGCAUAGAAUAGUGAAUCAAGUCCAAGGCCUUGGUCCUUAUCCAUGGUGCUCCUUGUAGAGAUCUAAAAGACUGCCUUAAGCUCCGGGAUCGAAACUGGGGUUGAAAACGUCACCCCUCUGGCACAAUGGAACUCUCAACAAUAAGGGUAAAGCUCGGGUGUUCAUGACAUGGUCUCUCUUGUUGACUGGUCUGAGACUGUGGAAUGAACUCUCCAAGCAGCUAAGGACCAUCUCAAACCUUACUGUCUUCCAUGCCAAAUGCCAGGCACAUUUCAUUGACCUGCAUUCUCUAACUUAAAUGCACAAUGCCAUGUAUAUAGACACAAAAAAAACCCCAACCUCCACUGAGCACAUACCUCAUCCUGGAGAGAGGAUAAGAGAACCAACAGCACAUGAAAGAUGUUAAGUUAUGUGAUUAAUAUGCUACUGGAAGGUGCUCAGAUACUACAAUGAUUAAUGCAGUUUUAUAGCAGACCACCAGGUCUGAGUUAUAAUUAAGAUUAAAGCAGCUUUCUGUGUA